AUGGCUGCUAUCCCUCAGGAUGAGCUACCCGGCCCCGCGGCCAUCGCUGCAAUCAUCGCCGCCGUGGAUCUGGAGCGCACCUUCGGGGCGUAUUUGGUUUGCACUUGUCUGGCGUGCAUCAUGUUCGGGUUGACGACCCACCAGACCUAUAGGUACUAUCGCCUGUAUCCGACGGAUCUUCUCAGCCUCAAGAUUCUGGUGUUCAUUAUCUUGAUGCUUGACGUGCUGCAUACGAUCUCCGGCAUUCAUAUCUGUUACUUUUACCUCGUUACCAACUUCUUCAAUCCUGGCCGCCUCGCCGACGGUGUCUGGUCUAUCAGGCUUAUCAUCUUGGAGACAGGGUUGAUCAUCCUUUGUUCCCAUUGCUUCUACGCGAGGCGUCUCUUCUUCCUCAGCAAUCGGAACUGGAUUCCUGUCGCUACAAUUGCCUCCCUGCUACUCGUGGAAAUCGGUUUCUGCAUAGCCGCUGCUAUAGAGUCAUUCGUUCAAGUCUCGUUUGCCAAGUUCAUCAGAUACAACUAUCUUUUGUGGACGAUCCUUGUCGUUGCGGUGGCAAUCGACGUUCUCGCGGCUGGAACCCUGACCUACUACCUGCGUAAGAGUCGCACGGGGUUCAGAAAGACGGACUCUAUGGUCGACAUACUAAUGGUGUACGCGAUCAACACGGGCCUCUCCACCAGCAUCUUGAGCGUGGCUGCAUUGAUCUGCGCCCUUGUCAUGCCCGAUAACCUGGUUUACAGUGCCAUCCUUCUGAUCUGCUCCAAGAUGUACUCCAACUCCUUGCUCGCAGUCCUCAACUCCCGACGCUCGCUGCUCGACAAAGGCAUGGAGGGCUUUGAAACGGGCUCCUUCGGACUGGAGGCUCCGGAGAAGCCCAUCCAGCCCUCGUCCCCAGGUCUCGGCGUACUCGCGUUUAGGCCUAUCUUGCCAGCGUUGGCUAAGAGAAGCCCAGCCACCAUCGAUGUCACGGUGACGAGGGAAACGUUCGUCGACAUUUCGCCCCAAGCUGCGCAUGCGGCCCUCCGGCGGAGCGUUGGCUCCGGCCUGUAGUAGUCCCCCCAUCCCUCGUCGUCGUCGAUCACCACUCCCCCACCCUACUCUUCAUGAUUCGAAUGCAACGCACCUCGUCUUCAGUUCUUGGUUGUAUGUAGGACGCUUGUUGUAAUUCAUGUAUGCCAC